AAUUUUUUUUUUUUUUAUUUCGUCUCAAUUAGGCACUAAAAUCUAAUUUUCGAAACUCGACACUGUUUGUUUUCGUCGUCUACUAGUCUGUGAAUACAAAUUUCGUAGGUACAAACUGUAGAUCUUUUAUAUUAAGCAAACAUUGUUAUGAUGUGACAGCAAAUUAACAAUUUUUUCUCGUUUUUGGAGGAAAUUUUACUCCACAGACUGAUAGCAAUGCGUAUUCUUUUAUUCUGGAGAAAGAUUUCCAAAUCUAUAAAAGAAAUAAAAAGAUAUUGUUAAACAAAAAUUAUUAUCUUUUUGUUGGUAAAACAGACAACUCCAGCAUCCCCCUCCCUUAAAAGAAUAUCUAUCAAAAUAAUCAAACAGGUAUUUUACGGUUUUUCAUAAUUUUGAAUCUUUUCCGAAAUACAGAGGAUAGAAUCGGACUUUAUAAACAUCAUGUAUAGCUUAUAUUAAAACAAAAGGUUAAAGACAAACUUUGUUAAUAAUGCACAAGACAUUGGCAUAUGCAUGCGUGAUCGACGUAAGUAGACCUCUACUUCUGACUGAAAAAUCAGUGUUACAAGAGCUGCCGCACGGUUUGUAGUUAAUCCGACUUUUGGUUUAAAUCGAGCACGCGGGAAUUAUUUGUUUGGAUAAUUGAUAAACAAGGAAAUCAAGACCAUGAUUUUGUUGGCACGGAUACAUGGACUUACAUGUGUCUUAUGAAACUUUUCUUACUGCUCAAUGCGUGAACAUACUCUUAUAUAAUGUCCAUAUCUCAAGUCAUACAAUCACACGGAGUCAAUGGAAUUUUCAGGAUGAAUACUCAGGAUAAUAAGGAGAAUCAAAUGAUCAGAUAUGCGUCGGCUAGUGAAACUGGUCUCGAUGGACCUGAUCAGGUACUGCCUACGGAAGUAGAUAGCACAUGUGACGCCAACGGCAGAGUACGAAUAAAAUUAGGUAGUAAUGGGCCCGAUUCAUGCAUGCCCGUAUCAGUCCCUGGAGUUUUAACCAAAACAGCAAAGCUUUAUCCUGAUCAUAUCGCACUGGUAUCCAAGCCCGAUGCCAAUGGCAAAAGAACUAUGUAUACUUUCCAAGAAUAUGAGUCUACUGUAAGAAUUGUUGCCAAAGCGUUUCUGAAGCUAGGUUUGGAACGGCACCAUAGUGUUUGCAUAUUAGGAUUCAAUAGUCCUGAAUGGUUCAUUUCUAAUCUCGCAACUAUAUACGCGGGGGGCUUUGCUGCAGGAAUUUAUACUACAAAUUCUCCAAAAGCGUGCCACUAUUGCGCUGAACACAGUCGAGCAAAUAUAAUAGUUGUUGAAGAUGACAAACAAUUGCAAAAAAUCUUACAGAUAAAACACGAUUUGCCCGAUUUAAAAGCAAUUGUUCAAUACAGCGGCGUACCCAUUGAAAAGGAUGUUUUGAGCUGGAACGAUUUAUUAAACAUAGGUAAGAAGGAACCAGAGGAUAAGUUACAAUCUGUGUUAAAGACGAUUGGGGUAAAUGAAUGUUGUACUUUAAUAUAUACAUCGGGAACAGUCGGAAAUCCAAAAGCUGUAAUGAUAAGCCAUGAUAAUAUAUUGCAUAAUAUACGGAUGAUAUUGCAAGCGCUAGACUUGAAAGAAAAGUCAGAGGUCACGGUUAGUUAUUUGCCAUUAUCUCAUGUUGCAGCACAGGUAGUUGACAUCAUGAUGAACAUUGUGUUAGCAACUACAGUAUAUUUUGCUGAUUCGGGUGCGUUAAAGGGUACAUUAGUAAAUACAUUAAUUGUAGCGCAACCAACGUUUUUCCUAGGGGUGCCCAGAGUAUGGGAAAAGAUAUACGAAAAAAUGCAAGAGAAAGCGCGCAGUAACGGCGCGAUAAAGACUUGGAUUGCUAAGUGGGCAAAGGCGCAAAGUCUUCAUUAUUACGCGAAUAAAAUGAAUGGUGUAGAUCAUAAACAUUGGGGUUAUAUCUUUGCGAAACAGCUUGUUUUUGACCAGGUGAAGGCGGCAUUGGGUUUCAGCAGAUGUAAAUAUUGCUUGACCGGAGCAGCACCGUUAAAUAGCGACAUUAAAAUAUAUUUUUUGAGUUUAAACAUACCUUUAUUAGAGGUAUACGGAAUGUCUGAAAUUAGUGGGGCUCAAACAGUAACCAGUUAUAAAGAACUUAACAAAGGUGUGGGAAGAACUUUGCCCGGACUAUAUACAAAAUUAGACAAUAUAAAUGAACAUGGUGAGGGAGAAAUUUGUAUGAGUGGACGACAUGUAUUUAUGGGUUAUUUAAAUGAUCCAGAAAAAACUGAAGAAACAAAAGAUAAAAAUGGUUGGUUACACAGUGGUGAUCUUGGCAAAUUCGAUUCAAACGGGAAUUUGUAUGUCACUGGUAGACUGAAGGAACUUAUAAUCACAAGUGGAGGGGAGAAUGUAGCACCGUACAAUAUAGAGCAAGCGAUAUUAUCGGAAUUACCAUAUUUAAGUAAUGUCAUGGUGAUUGGGGAUAAAAGGAAAUAUUUAACAGUUCUUGUCACGCUUAAGAGUGAUAUGAAUCAAGAGACUGGUGCGCCAUCAGAUACGCUGAGUCCAGAUGUACUAAAAUGGGCAAAGUCUAUCAACAGUAAUGCAAAAACAGUUACAGAAGUCAUAAGUUCUCGUGAUCCAGCCAUAUAUGAGGAAAUUGACAAGGCAAUCAAAAGAGCAAAUAUGCAAGCUAUAAGUAAUGCUCAAAAAGUACAGAAAUUCGAAAUUCUUCCUCAUGACUUUUCGAUUCCAACCGGUGAAUUAAGACCCACGUUAAAGCUUAAAAAGAAUGUAGUUCAGAAGAUGUACGCUAAUCUCAUAGAUAAAAUGUAUGAAUAAAACCACGUACUCUACUUUUAUAAUAAGGGAUUUUUUGAUAAGGGUUUCUCAUAUUUACAUGGGUAUUUUGAGAUGUGUAUGAGGGUUGUACUUUGUACUGUAAAAGAGCACAGAAUAAUGAUAAUAAUGACAUACGUACAAAUUAAUGAUUAUUAUUAUUAAUAUUAUAUAAAUAAACUAUCACAU